AUGAGCAAGCCGGCGCUAGUGGUAGACAAUGGCACGGGUUUCGUCAAGUGCGGGUUCGCAGGGGACAGCUUUCCCAAGGCAAUCUUCCCCAGUAUGGUUGGCCGCCCUGUAUUGCGAUUUGAGGAAAAGGUCAAAGGAAAACAGGUCAAGGAUAUUAUGGUAGGGGAUGAUGCAGAAGAGAUGAGAAAUAUGCUAGAAAUAUCCUACCCAGUGGAUAAAGGAAUUGUUCAGAAUUGGGAUGACAUGAUACAUCUUUGGGACUACACCUUUGAAAGACUAGGGGUGGAAGAUUGUGGUGAAAGGCGAAUCCUGUUGACUGAACCACCCCAAAAUCCGAAGCAAAACCGGGAGAAACUGUUUCAAGUCAUGUUUGAGAAGUACGGCUUCGAGGGGGUGCAUGUCAGCUUGCAAGCGGUCUUGACGCUCUAUGCUCAGGGUAUCAUGACCGGCGUCGUAUUUGACUCAGGCGAUGGUGUGACGCACAUUAUUCCGGUGUGGGAAGGGAUGACACUCCCAAAUUUGACGAGAAGAAUCAACAUGGCUGGUCGAAACAUUACAGACUAUCUCAUCAAGCUUCUGCUUCAUCGUGGGUAUGUUUUCAAUCGCACAGCAGAUUUCGACACGGUUCGUCAAAUCAAAGAGCAGCAUGCAUAUGUUGCUUACGACACAGCAGUCGAGAAGAAACUUGCGGAAGAAACUACUGUUUUGAUGCGAUCAUACACCCUGCCAGAUGGCAGAACGAUCAAUAUCGGACAAGAACGCUUCCAAUGUGCAGAGGUCUUGUUCCAGCCAUCAUUGAUUGAGAGCGACUCAAAGAGUGUGGCGGAGGAAUUGCUGGACUCGAUUCAAUCUGCAGACAUGGAUUUACGGCCAGACUUCUACAAGCAUAUCGUCCUCUCAGGAGGAACAACAAUGCUUCCCGGACUGCCCACAAGACUCGAGAAGGAGCUGCGAAGUUUGCACCAGAAACUUGUCAAAAGUGACGGUCCAUCCAAGCUGAAAAUUAGAAUCGAAGACCCUCCACGGCGAAAGCACCUGGUGUUUCAUGGAGGAUCGAUCUUAGCCGAGAUCAUGCAAGACAAGAACGAGUUCUGGGCAUCUAGAAAGGUAUGCAUGCAACGUGAACCAAUGUCCAUCUGA